AUGCUGGCAUGGCAGGACGGCGGGGCCAAGGCGGCUCCCUCCCACCACAAAAUCUCCUUCUCGGUUCUGGACAUCCUGGACCCUCAGAAAUUCACCCGCGCUGCGCUCCCAGCCGUGCGCCCUGCUCCCCGGGAAGCCAAGAAAAGUUUGGCAGAGGCCGAAGCAAGGAAGGACUCCAGCCGAGACCCGGCCCGGCAGCGAGAGACGCCUGAUGCUGCGGGCCGAGGCGCCGGCUUGGCGCCCCCCCUGGAGGGCUCUGAGGCGGAGGAGGCGGAGGACGAGGACUUGGAGGACGCAGGGCGGCGGCAGCUGCGGGAGCGGACUGCGCGCCUGCAGGAGGCCCGGACGCGCUCCCCCGAGGCCCGGGCCGCGGCAUCGGCGGCGGGAGAGAGCAGCGCGGGCGGCCUCGCGGGCUCCCCGGGCUCGCCGGGCUCCCCGCGGCCCCGGCGCCGGCGCUCAGAGCCCAGCUGCUCCAAGCCGCGGCGCGCGCGCACCGCCUUCACGUACGAGCAGCUGGUGGCCUUGGAGAACAAGUUCCGGGCCACGCGCUACCUGUCUGUGUGCGAGCGCCUGAACCUCGCGCUAUCGCUUAGCCUCACUGAGACGCAGGUCAAAAUUUGGUUCCAGAACCGCAGGACCAAGUGGAAGAAGCAGAACCCCGGCGCUGAAGGCGCGGCGCAGGCGGGAGUUGGCGCGCCCCAGCCUGGGACUUCGGCGGGGGCGGGCGGCGGCGGCGGUGGCAGCGGCGGCGCGGGGGCCAGCCCGGGUCAGCUGGGCCCGGCCGCGCAUCCUUUUCAGACUUUCCCCUCCUACUCGGCGGCCAACGUCCUCUUCCCGGCCGCCGCCUCCUUCCCGCUGACGGCCGCCGCCGCCAGGGGCUCCUUUGCGCCCUUCCUCGGGCCCUCCUACCUGACCCCUUUCUACGCCCCACAUCUAUGAACCCGGAGCCCCUCGGGCCCCACUUCGUCCGGAUUCACGAGUGAUUGGCGUGGACUUGUGGUCCCCACCCCACGGAGGGGCGCCAACGCGCAGGGACUGCCCCCUCCUGGUGCGCGGGUGUCUGCGCGCCCCCUUCCCUCCCCGCUGCCGGGAGGCGCCGCCAGAGGGCAGGGAGAGGCCGCCUGCCGACUCCCCGCCGCGCGUCUCCCCGCCUAGCUGAACCCUGGAAUUCACGCGGUCCACUAAAGGGGGUCAAGGAUCUGCCAUCUUUAAAAGUGUCCGGAGACGGAGGCUGUCCUUAAACCUUCCCGUUUCUGGACCUUGUUCUUCACUUUCGGUCAGGCUUAAUUCAGUUCAAGGGUUCUUUCUGAGGGUCUGGGUGUUCGGCGGCGCGGGGCUAACCCAGCGGCGGGGAUGGUGUCCAGAGGGAGACAAGACCCGCCCUCCAGCUGCUCACACCUAGGAUGGAAUCUUCAAAGGCUGUGGCUCACUCGGAGGGUAAGGAGCUUUCCCUUUUCACAGCUGAUUGUUUCCCAUUUCAUACUCGAUUACUGGCCCAAACCCAGCGAUUCCUUCCAAAUGCCGAACAAAGUUGGAGAAAGCUGAGUCUGUGAGCGCACACUGCCGCCGUGAAAUGGACUACUUUUUAAAUGCAUAAUACUCUACAUUUUUAGGUCUUCGUUUAAGGUUAGGACUUGAGCGCGACUCUCAUUCCAAACAGGCUCUCCACAGGCUAUUCCUGAGAAAAUGUGUCCCUGAUUUUCCGGAGGAGACCGGAAGUUCCUUUGGGAAAUGCAACAGCUUUAUUGCUAGACUUGCCAGCUGAAGUAGACGCACUUCCACAUCAUUGCAAGUUGUUUUUUCUUUUUUUGCGGCACGCGGGCCUCUCACUGCUGUGGCCUCUCCCGUUGCGGAGCAAGGCUCUGGACGCGCAGGCUCAGCGGCCAUGGCUCACGGGCCCAGCCGCUCCGCGGAAUGUGGGAUGAUCUUCCUGGACCGGGGCACGAACCCGUGUCCCCUGCAUCGGCAGGCGGACUCUCAACCACUGCACCACCAGGGAAGCCCCCACUGCAAGUUUUGAGAACAGCUUUGAUAAACCACGGCUAUGGCCCCAAAGGCAUAAAGAUAACAAAGAGACAAAUGGCUCAACUAAAAUCUUGAGGUCUAUGCAUGAGACUGCCCAUUUGGGUAUGCAGUAUUGGAUACUGUAAAACUUCAGUCUUGGCUAAUAUGUCUGUCCCAGCAAAUCCUAGGCUCCCAGUAGUGAUCGAACCCGGGGGAGAGUUCGCGCCUCCAGCACACGCUGCAGUCAUGAAUUGGACUAUAUAUAUAUAUAUUUUUUGCAGUACGCGGGCCUCUCACUGCUGUGGCCUCUCCCGUUGCGGAGCACAGGCUCCGGACGCGCAGGCUCAGCGGCCAUGGCUCACGGGCCCAGCCGCUCCGCGGCAUUCUUCCCAGACCGGGGCACGACCUCGUGUCCCCUGGAUCGGCAGGCGAACUCUCAACCACUGCGCCACCAGGGAAGCCCUGGACUACUUUUUUAAAGCACAAACUCAACGUUUUUAGAGCUUCAUCUAAGAUUCUGACUUGAAAGAUACUCUGUUCCACACAGACUCUCCAAGAUGGCAUGGUGAACAAGCAAAAGGUCGUUAGGAGCUGUAAGAGAAAUAAUUUUGGGGUGUAAAAAGCUACCAUGGAAGCAAAAAGCAUAUUUAUGAUGGAUUCAACUGCAGUAACUUAAUAUACGGAUGAGCAUUCUAACUGCUGCUUUCGUUAUCUCCCUUAAGAAUUAGUUCUGUAAGAUUCUCUUGCCGGCUUUGUUUGGAAUACCCUUCCUUUGGUUUUUUAUGUGAUAUGAUUUGUAGCCCGUAUCUCAGAAAACCAGACCUCCCCAACUAGGUCAUGUAUGUUUCACUCUAACCUUUUUUCGAGGACUUUAGGCCCGGUGAUAUCUAUAUGGAUACCAUUCCUUGCUAUUUCUUGGUAGCCUGUGUCAUUAAUAAGUAAAUUUAAUGAUCAAUGGCUUCUUGUAAAGUAAGAGCAUGCUGUUUGGUAUUAUGAACACAUGAUAUUAUUAUAAUCUUGAAAUAUCUACUUCAGUUAUUAUUGGGAAUGAGAAAAUAUUCCUUUCUUCCAAAUUAAAUGAAGACUUCACAUUCAUGGGACUCUCAUAAGAUUUGAGAAUAUGUAUUAUUUAAUUAUAAUUUGUUAAUUAGACUCUUUUCCUUUUAUUCUGAAGGAGAAAAGUGUCCCCAAACAAUGCAUUAUGACUUUCUAAAAGACAACUGAUGCCAGAUGAGAUUCAAAAUGCAGUUACUAUAGUAGAGAAUAUUAUUUUAUUCACUUUACAUAUCGAUAAACAUUCCUUCAGUAACUGUUUCUCAGUUUCUCAGAAGCAACACUCCAUGUAUCCCAGUAGGCAAUUCCAAUACACAGAGGCAAGUUCUGUAACAAAGAAUCCGAAUUUCUGUAAGACUCGGGAAACAUUCUAUUCCUCUCAGGUACCAGAAUCACAGGAGACUCCAUUUGGAGAGAGGGACUGGGGAGGGAGGUGGGAGGCUUAUCUAUGGACUAGCAUGGAGUGCUAUACUUGCUGACGUUUCUUGUUUCUUCGGAUUUUAACAGAGUAAUGCUCGAAGUGUGUGACUUUGGACUUCUGCUGCUUUAAAAGGCCCAGUGGC